AUCAAAGAUAUGCAGAACCCUUUUUCUGCAUCUUCUCUGUGUCGAACGAAACAAUCAUGAGCCAGGUACUUUCACAUUUUUAAAACUCUUACCUGUGUUUUUGCUGGUUAAUGUUUCGUCCCUAUUUUAUAUGUUUAAUUCUAUAAUAUAAAACAGUUUUUGCAGCACUUAAAGCAGGUUUACAUAAGGUGAAAAUCUGUCUAUCUGCUGGCGUGAAAUGAUCCCUGAAACUGACCCUCCACUCAAACAGGUGGCGCUACAAAAACCCUCAAUUCAGUCUCUGCAGCUCAGUCCAGUCUGGGGUGAGAACUGGGGCUAACAGAGCAUGUUUGCACAAUGUCCUGAGGAGGAUUAGUGUUUUAAAGCUCAGACUGUUUCACAGAAUAUAGGGCAGUGUGAAAUCUGCAUCUGUGUCUGCAGCAGGAGUGAGCUCACACACCACACAUCAAGUCUGGGUGAGUAGAGAUGGAAAUGUAUGAUGGACAGCAAUGAGACAUGUAUCAGCUUUGUCUUAUAGCUGUUUUUGUUUUGUUCUUUAGCUUGUGAGAUUCAACCUGUGAAGAGAAAAUGAGGCUUCUGCUGGCAACUGCUAUGACCCUCCUCUUCUUAUGUGAGUUUUUGUCUCAUGAGAUAAACGCCCAAGCUCAAAACUCUGCAGUCUUUGGUGUCUCAUCCUCAUUUUCUGUUGUUCUCUGGCUGCUCAUUUCAGGGCUUCAUUUCAGCGCUCAGGAGCCUGAUGACAUUGUGCAUGAAAAUCCUUGUAAGGUAGGUGGAUGCAAACUAAUGAUGUUAGUCAAGGCCCACUAUGAACACUGACAAUGCUGGCACUGCUUUGUAAAGUCAAUAUAGGACCUCACAAAGCAAGCUAUGCCAUCAGGAGGUGCACUGAUCAUUUCUAUCAAAGGAGGGAAGCCUUGACCCACUGAGCAACAGACGGCUAUUUAACAUCUAGUAUUUUUUUAGACUUGAUUUUACAGAAAUUUAUGACACUAAUCAAUGUCAUUUUGCCCAUGUCAAGAUAUUCAGUGUCAAAAAUUAAAUAAAUUAAAGUUUGUUUUGGAUGUGUGUAGGUAGGCUAUGGUCUCAUGUCCCUUUAAGACGCUGUCCUACGUCAGAGACGUGACUCCACCCCAUCCAGUCUGUAACAAAGAGGGAAAGACAGGUGAGGAGAUGGAGGACGGAGAGAAAGUUGUAGCGGCUGAAGAAGACAAAGUUAAUGUGGGAGGGCUGUCCUUGAGCACACUUGCUUGGGUCAGUGGUAGUUUUAGAAGCCUCAUUGUUCAGGUUAAAUCGAAUAAAAAAUCUUUAACAAUCAGGAAAACCAUCAACCGGUUUAACCACUUAUGUAAAGCAAAGUGAAAAAUUAGGAGCAACAACUUGAGCAUAAUUAAUAUUUGGUUUCUCCUGCCUCAAAACUUAUUAGUAAAGUCCUGGCAGCUAAACAGUAUCAGCCCAUGUCACAUGUAAUAAAAUUUUCAGUCAUGCAGGGCUGCUGGAAAUUUCUCCUGUAUGUUUUUACCAUUUGACUGUCUAAUAAGAUGAAUACAGGAUCCAAAGAACACUAAACCAUAAUACUUUAUGAAAAAAAAAAAAACAGCAGCAAAAGACAAGAUACCUGUUUAUGUUUUUAAAAAAAAAGGGUUUAAGACCCAGCUGCCCACUAAUCUCCUGGUGCAGAACAUCACAAAGAGCUGAAACUUGGUGAACAUCACAAAGAGCUGAAACUUCAACUAUGUCAACUUUAAAAUAGUUAACACUUAUCAUAUUUUAAUUUUUCAGGCUGUAUCGGUGUCUGAGACGGCGGUGUCUUUCCUCCUGUCCCCUCUGUCUGUGUACUCCUUGCUGACCUCCACCCUCCUCAGACUGGUCCUGAACGUCCCUGCUCUCAUCCUCACCUGCAUCUAUCGCUCCCUGCUGCUGCUCCUGGCCGGGCCUUGGUGCAUCGCCUCUGUCUGUGUCUCCCUGCUGCUGACCUGUCUCCAUAUCACCCUGUACCUGCUCCACUUGGCUUUGGUGAUUGGAGUGGGGGCUUUUUUGAUCCUUGUGCGGCACAAAAUGUCUGACAGUGACACCGCAAAAGAGAGAAUACCACAGCCGAAGAAGGAGAAACCAGAGGGUAAUUACACCAACAAAACCAGACUGGGGAUUUUUGGUCGCAGAGUCACAAAGCAGGGCUGAUUUCCGCUGUGACGACAUGUUUUUAUUGCAAUAUUUUUACUUUUUCUGAUUAAAAACCCACCUCAAUUAGUUUAGACAUGCUUUCACCUUCAUUUAUUUAAUGAACAUACAAGUGCAGCUGAUUUUACAUAGAUCCCAUGUCUAAAUUGGCUUUCAGACACUUUAUAAGACACAGCAGAAGAAAAUAACUGAUUAGUGUGCGUCCUCGUGACCUAAAUGAGGGUGAAAAUAUAUCUGCUGCGGCUCGCUGCAGUUUUUUCAGUUAUCUAUCUCCUUCCCUCUCUCCUCAUCUUUAAAUAGGGCUUUCCAAUUAUCUGCGGAUUGUUGUGCUGUUUUCUCCCCAUCUACAGAUGUUAUCAUUAGACAUGUCUGUCAAAUGGAGAUGAGCGGAUGAGAGGGAAACAGAGAGGAAUAAGAGAAUUUUUCUGCAUUCAUUGCUCCUUUGAAUGUGUGUGUGUUUAUUUAGAGCAGGGUAUGCAAACCGGGUUCCUGAAAAACACUAAUAAAGGGAGUUAACAGGGAGAGAAACUACAUGUGGUAUAGGCGUUGAGCCAAGUCGGCGAAUGCUUGGCCAACCAGUAAACAGUCUACGCUGACACGCUGAGGCGCUCGGAUCUCAGGGAAGCAUUAAAAAUUUGCAGAGAAAAACAAUUUUUAUCAAAACUAUUAAGACUCCAGCCUGAGGAUGCAGCUGUAAAAAAGUAAUGGAUGAACUUUGUGAGUGUGUGUGGGUGUGUGAAAGAGACAGACAGAGAGACAGAGGGGAAAUGAGGCUGGAUCAUAG